GCGGCACAUCGUUACGGGCAAAUGGAGCGCAGCCACUAUCUUCACUGACCUGGAUUGAGGAGGGUCUGGAUUCUACCCAGCUGAGAGGAGAAGACACUGCCGCAGUGCUGCCGCUAUGGAGUCGGGACCGGGAGGCUGUUGCCGCCCGUCCGCGCUUCUCCUGGAGCCGCCAAGCUGGAGUAAGAGCAGUGUCCUGCUGAACACCCUCCUGUGAUCAGAUCUUCCUCUGCUGCACCUUUGCUGUUGGAAGAAGGACACCGGCUUGAUUAAGAAUCUCGUCCUCUACAUGGAGCAGGAGGGCGCAGGGUAGGAGGGGCAGCAAGGACGUUUCAGGCCAGACCAGAACUUCACAACUGAAGAGCAUCUCCACUAAGACUAAUGGAUUUGAAGCGAGUGCUGUCCUUCCCACCAUACCCCGGGGAUUACCUGCAUCCAGUGGUGUAUGCGUGCACAGCAGUCAUGCUGCUCUGUCUGCUUGUCUCCAUCAUGACCUAUAUUGUCCACCACAGUGUGAUCCGCAUCAGCAGGAAUGGCUGGCACACACUCCUCAACUUCCUCUUUCACACGGGGCUGACAUUUGGAGUUUUUGCCACGGGCAUCAAUCAGAUCAACUUACCUUUCGUGUGUCAAAUUGUUGGCAUCGUACUCCACUAUGCUUCUUUGUCUACCAUGCUGUGGCUGACAUUUACUGCUAGAAAUAUCUGUAAAGAUGUGUCCAAAGACCCACUUCGGGCAAAAGACAAGAAUGGGACGGCCCAGACACGCACCAAACCAACGAUUCUCAGAUUUUAUCUUGUAAGCGAUGGAAUCCCUCUCAUUAUUGUUGGAGUUACAGCAGCAUGUGGUAUGGAUAACUAUGGUAGCAGGGAUGACGCAUUGUAUUGCUGGAUGGCAUGGGAACCAAGCCUGGGAGGUUUCUAUGCCCCUAUUAGUCUUCUGGUCUUAGUCAUGUCUGUGUACUUCUUGUGCACCUACAUCCAGCUUAAACGCCACCCAGAGAGGAAGUACGAGCUGCGUGUUCUGAGUGAAGAGCAGCAGCAGUUAUCGUCCAGUGAAUCAAACCAUCACUGCCACAUCGACGCCGGAGGAGCUUCUGGGUCUGCUGGGGACUGUCUGCCAUUUGCAACAGGCGUGUCGGUGCUGGCCAAUGAGCACUCAUUUAAAUCUCAGCUCCGGGCCACAGCCUUCACCCUUUUUCUGUUCCUGGCUACCUGGGCUUUAGGAGCGUUGGCAGUAUCACUGGGACAUUUCUUGGAUAUGAUAUUCAGCUGCCUGUAUGGGGCUUUUUGUGUCACUCUAGGACUCUUCCUUCUUAUCCAGCACUGUGCCAAACGUGAUGAUGUAUGGCACCGCUGGUGGGCUUGUUGCCCUUCCAAGUCCAAGACAAAGGAAGAGAAUGGGGACGGACAAAGUCAGAGGCAGGAGCUCCAUCAGCCACACUGCCAAUUGAGCUCCCCAUGCUCAAGCAAGCAGCCGCUACUCUCUCCUCACCUUGUGCAGAGUUCUUACCACAAAAUGAGCCCACCUCAGCAGAGCCUCACACCCAAUCACACGGGCCCAUGCUAUGUGGCCGUUACCACACCUCUCACUGAGCCACUGCCCUCACCACGUCCACUGUCACUUUCUGAUGAGAUCCCUCGUCCUGCUCUGCCUCUACAGAGCUGCCUUAAUAACAGAACAAAGUCACGCUCCUUCAACCGCCCACGCCCAUGCCUCCAGGACUACCGUUCUCACAUGACUUCCACCAGUAUGGAUGGGAGUGUGCAUAGCUCCCACCUCGACAGCCCUCAUGCUGUGCAACACCUUGAAGGCUCGCCACUGGUUUCCAACAGCCCACACCCAGAUCUCCAGCUUCCCUGUCCCAGCCCUCACUUGGAUAAGCAGGUAGCUUCCUGCCAGAGCUUGCAACGCCAGACCUCCUGCCACAGUGUACAAGACUCAUUGACUUCCUGCCACAGCCAUGCACACAACAUGCAUGACAGCAUUACUUCCUGUCAUAGCCUCCUCCAGCCUUCUCACGGGGUCCACACCUGCCAGUGGCACAUGUAUAGCUCAGCUGGGCACUCUUCCACUACAAGCUGCUGUGAGAAACCCGAUCCCUUCAGCUUGCAAUAUCAGCAAGAUCCCGACACAUACAACUGCAUGUCAAAGGCAACAGACAAAAAAAAGGAUAAUCUCUGCAUAGAGGAUGAGCAGAAAGGUUUCCCAAGAAAUACUCUGCCUCGGCAGCAUGGCACUGUCAGCCGGCGAGGUACCAUCGGCCGAAACAGGAGCCUGCAGGAAGAUGGCCUGUUCGGCUCAGAUGCCAUAGGAAACAUAAGGACUGGCCCUUGGAAAAAUGAAACAACAGUAUAGUUUUCUUAUACUUGUACUUUCAGCAUCCCUGUAACUGUAACACCUACUCUGUGUUGGGGUCUUAAUGCCUUCAGCUUUGCCAUUAAACCACAGGUUGAGUUUUCAGUGAGGCCUCGUAUCUCAAAGAUAUUUCAGAGCCCUUUAUGACAGAGUUAUCUUUAAGUGAAUUGCUAAUCAGUUUUUUUUCCAAGGAAUAAUCAAAUGCAAGAAAGGCUUAAUAAAUGUUUAAAUAUUAGUCUUCUCCAUGCAGUUCAAAGUUGCAUUGCAGUAUUGGAUGGCUCUUUUAAGGGCACAGUGGCUCAGUAGUAAACAGGUCACAGCAAGAAGAUCCUGAGAUCCUGACCCCAUCAACUUCCAGUUGGGGUUUUUUUGUGUAUAGUUUGAGUGCUCUCCCUGUGUUUGUGUCAGUUGCUCCACAUUCCUCCCACAUAACCAAAGACAUGCAGGUCAUCUAAAAGGAAUACUGCUGCCUAGAGGUCCUAAUAGAUUCAAAACCUUGGACCUGAUCCCAAACAGAUGUGCAUUAUUUACACGAGGACGGUCAGAUCCGAUCUGAAUUAACCCAAAGAUUGUGUCUAGGAUAGAGCUGAUAGCAAGUCUGCUUGGAUCCCUUUGGGAAUUAGACAUAUUGAUAUAUGGACCUGAUACCUUUCAUAAUAAAACUGUACCCUACCCAGUUUGGUUAGGCUGAGUACACUGUGUGUGCUCCAGAGUACCCUGCACGUGCCUGCUCAGGGUCCCAGGGUCUCAGUUACUAAGAACCACAUGGACCUGUAAAUAUCUACUGCAUAUUCCUAUCAUUGCCCUUGACCAAGGAGCUGGAAUUAUUAAACAACAUUUUUAUUUACAUCAUUACAAAGAGUAUGGUCUAGACCUACUCUAUAUGAGCAUAUGUCAAUCAAUAUGAACUGGCACUGUAUAAAUAAAAUAAAUUUAAAUUUCAAGCUUAACACCUGUUGGCUGACUCAGUGUUUCCCAGUCACAGGCAAUACUUUGACAUUUAACGUAUUCAGAAAAAAGAUAAAAAAUAAAAAUAAAUCAAAAUAAAUCACAUAGAUCACAAACGCCUAUAAGCUCAUUAGUAAGCAAUUGGGAGAAUCUGAAACUCUAUUCAUCUUUCAAAUGCUGCACAAAUAUUCACUUGGGUAUAAUUUUGGAGGUCUGAACCAGAUCCAAUAUGCAAUCGACCCAAAACAGACCUCAAUACAGAGAAAUACAGCAACUCCGGCAACAGCAUGUUGCACCAAAAUUUAAUGAGCAGCCAUUGUCGAGAGCAGAAAUACAUAUCAUUAGAUUAGACUAAAUAUAUUUUGAGGUUGCAAGGAACAGAGUGGACCUGUAAAAACAUCUACUUCUGCCAUUGCAUUUGCUUCAGGCCCUGUGUUCACUGGGGUUUUGGAGAAACUCAUGUGCAGAGUGCAUUAUGAGUAGUUUAUGGGUUAUGUUUAGAAAACUUGAGGAGGAAUUAGAUUGAUCAAUGGCAUUCAUCAUCAUGAACAUCUGCAAACCCCUGUUGAUAUACAGUGUUUUUCAAAGAGGCAGUACAAUAUCACUGAUUACAUCUUUAAAUAACUGGAUUAAUCUGAUCAAAAUGUGUUAAUGUUAGUACAUUUGUAAUGGCAUCGCUAGACACAAUAUGAUUUUAGAUAUGAGUGGUUACAUGAAAACACUUCUGAAUCAGUGUGAGCAUGUGUGUUUUUUAUGUGUGCAACAGUGCAUGAGUAAGUACAUACAGAUGUGGUGUUUUAUGUGCUAUAAAUAUAUUUAUUAUGGAUCAACCCUUGCAGAAUUUGAUAAUUUAUGAAGACUAUGAAGAUUUUCUAUGGACUUUGUGUAUGCUGCCAUAUAGAGUCAAACAGACUGUUGUCUGUCAAAUAUUGCACUAGAAUUUACUAUAACACUCACUUAGUGAGAAAAUAAUUUUAAAAAAGUGCAAUGUGCUACAAAGCACAAUCUUUGUAUAGUGCCAAAAUUAUGUGCCAGCUUUCACUGUGAGAAACUACACACAACUCAUUCUCAGUGAGUUUUGAGAGAUCAUAAAGUUUGUAGCAUCAUACAAACUUGAACUCAGGUUUUAGAAGAUCAUCAGCAACCUUUCGAGUUGUUCCAGAAACUUCCAUAUGUUUUCUCCAGACAGGUGUUUCAUAACGCAACAUUAACAGUUAAGCCAUGUUUCCUUUAAUAUAAAUCAGGCUGUUUCAGGAAGCAGGUUUAUAUAAGUCUGACUUAAGUUACCAUGGAAACUAGCCCUCCAGAGUAGCAUAGUCUUCUCUAGAAAUACUAUUAUAAUAAUUUUUUUAUUUUCUGAUUGAGAGUGACAUGAAAAGAUAUAUAUCAACCUUGUAUAUGUGGGUUAAGUAAAGAGCUUAGCCACCAUAAGGUGGUUAGCCUAACUUAGCAUAAAGGAUUAGUCUGUGACUUAUUCUAAAAUCUAAAAAAUUUUUGGUCUUUAUGCUAAACUAAGCUAAUCUUCUCCUAGCUCCACCUCCAUACUUAAGGCACAGACAUGAGAGUGAUAAUAAUCAUCUCAUCUAACUCUCGGAAAUAAAGCUGGCCUUGGCAAUAAAAGUUUAAUAAAAUUAUCUUAAUUUAAGGUCAAUUUAGCUUUUUAACCCAUCUAAUGGCCUCAAUUAACGAUGAUUCAAGUUGGCUUGAAUUUGGCAUGAAGACUGUGAUAUGUAUAGAAUGUCCCAAUUUUGAGGCCACAUAGUGGGGUGUAUUUAGCACAGAAAAAUAUGUUUCACAUGUACAGAAUUAUAUUUUGUGCAGAAAGGAAAACCAUGUGAACAAUUAUUUAAUUUGGAUUAAAUUCUGUGCUAUUAUCCACAUAAAUGCAUAAUAAUAACCUCUCUUGCUCAAUGUAACUCAUUUGCCAAGUUCCCUACUUUCAAACCCUUCCCCACUUGCAAAUAUAAUUCACCAAACAAAAAUAUUUUUCUGUGCUCAGAACCCAUCAUGCAUUCUGAAACAAGACACAAAUAUAAUGCCAUAGAGUAGCAGUUCAACAAGUGAGAGAAGUAUUUUUCAAGCAUAAUCCGGAUUCAACUUGCUAGGAUCACUCAAACUAGUUUUUUUAAAGUAAGCCCUGCUUUUCUGAGCCUUCUUUAUGAAACACCUCUCAGGUUCGUGGUAUUUAGCAGCACAUUUGGAACAAGUGAAAGUGCAUAAGUAUUUUUUUAUCACUCAGAUAAACUCAUCCUUACAUUUUAUUCUACUUUUAGGCCAUAAUCAGGCCUUCAUACUGGAACUAGUGUUACAUUAAAGAAGGAUGAGUCCUAUCACUAUGUUAUAUUGUAGGUUAAACACAGAUGUUCACUUAUAGGUCAGCAUAUUCCAGUUUGAUGUGGGCGUAGGUGUGAUCAUCAAACGACACCAACCCUCAGCCUGACGUUGAUGACUCUGUACAUGUGGUGUGUCUUUGUGUCCCAGUGUUGUGACAGCAGUAAGUGUCUUUCCAGGGCGGGGGCAGGAAUCACUGGUCAAACCUGUUGAAAUGACACAAGGAUGCUGUCCAAACGUAAAACCAUUUUUAAUGUGCCAUUUUUUAUUUCCCACUUCUAUUGUAGAUUUUCUCAACAGUGUAAAGAAAUAAAGUGACACCUUGUAAGACAAAGAGAGUACCAAUAUAAUCACUGUGUGUUGUCCGCACUAGAAAUAAAGA